UUCCCAAUCCUCUCCACCAUCGCGUCUCGAGCUCGAACUCCACUGUCGCCAGUUCCUCAAUCCCGUACCGCCUCCACCCGUUCGUUGCCGCGAGCGCUCCACCGUCCCUCAUGAGCCGACAACCCUCCAGCUACCCAGUUGUUAGCAUCAUAAAUUUCAACCACGCGAGAGGGCCCGAAGUUGAAGAGUGGAUCGGCAUCGAGAACGAGUCGGACGUCUCGGAGUGGCCAUGGCUUCCGUUCCUGGCGCUCACGGACGGCGCCCACAGCUCCACCGAGGAUUUUUCGUACUUCACGCUCAAGCACACGGGCGGCGAGAAGCCGACCACGCUGUUUGGAAUCUCGUGCACGCGCCAGCUCGACAGCAGGGAGCUCAUCGAGCGCCCCGCCGAAGUCACUAGGAGUACUGUGCAGAAGGCCGUUGUCGUCAUCGCCGAUAACCCCACUAUCUUUUUUGGGAGUGUCAAACAACAACUGAGUGCGGUUACGCAGGCUUGGUUUGCACAAAAGAACUUCCAGGACUUCGAUAUCCUCAAGCGAUUCCAAGAAAGCCUAAAGUUGAGCCUGAGAUUGAGUCAGGAGAGUGGGAAUGAUCGCGACCACUUCGUUGGGUUGUCGCUUCGGGAAAUCAUCUAUGAGUUCAAGCAUCAGGCAUUGGUGCUGUUCAAAUGCAUGCUUCUGCAACCAAAGAUGCUCUUCUUUGGGUUGCGCGGUGAACGGCUGUGUAUGACGCAGUUCUCGCUGAUAUCGCUCAUUCCCGAGUUGCUGCACAACCUACAGGACAGUAGUGAUCCAGAGCUGGAUUCUUACGAGUCGACGCUUACCAAGCCAACUUCUGUGAGGACGAGCGACCGGAAGUCUCUUUUGGCUUUCAUGGGUCAGCCACUUCAGAUCUUCGGCAAGGGAAGCUUGUUCGGACCGUACACGCCUCUGCAGCAACUCGACGUGCUGGCGGACGUUGGGACGAAAUCGUACAUCGUGGGAUCGACGAACUCGCUGCUGUUGCAGCAGAAGGAUCGGUACUCUGAUAUCCUGAUCAACCUCGAGGACAUGACGGUCAACAUCACUUCCUCGUCGUUGAGGACUGCGUUGGCACUAUCGGCUGCAGACAGACGGUGGAUCGAUAGCCUCGUUCAGUCAGUGUCGGAAACUUGGGACGAAACCGACCCUUCACGACCCAAGUCUUUGGGAUUCGUCGGCAGUGAGGAUCACAUCCGACUGCAGUUCGAAGAGUAUAUUCUCUCCAUGGUCUCGGCGGUGAAGUAUCAAAUCUUCCUGGAGAAGCACACGGGAUCCGAUUCCAAGGUCUUCUUGCCUGACAUUGAGGGCGAUCCUUCAGCCGACUUCAAUCCUGACUUUGUGGACUACUGGAAGAAAACGGACAACUACAGGAUCUUCCAGAAGUUCACGGAGCCUGAAAUCUUCGACCUGGUUCCGCCAAAGCACGUGAUGGCUGGUGGCCUCACUGUGGAGGAUGUCCAAAGACGGAUUGCACAACAGAUUCAUGACCUGGGGCUGGAUGAGAAGGUCAGCGCCGGCAAGGAGACCAUGGCGAAGGCGGUAGCAACCGGUCGGAACAACUUGUCUCUCGCAUUCACCAAUAUCAGCAAGAAUGUAGAGUACUAUCGGGAGCAGCGAAGGAUCCAGGCGCUACAGGCGCAAGCGGAACAGCUGGAAGCAGAGGACGCUGCCUCUAUAAACACGGUAGAGACAGACGACAAGGACAAGGACAAGGCAACCGUCCCGGAGAAGAACUCGACCCCGUCGAUUCUAUCCGCCAGUAGCACUGCGCCAACAUCACCAACCGCAGCCGAAACCCCCGGAAAACCCGGUGCAGCCGGCGCCUACAUCUCCAGCUGGGCUUCCUGGGCCGGCGAAAAGAAGAAGGCCUUCGCGGGUGCCAAAAGCCCCGAGGUACCCGGUUCUCCCGAACCCGAAGGCGUCAUCUCCCCCUCCGCCAGAUCGUCAAUAUUUAGUCGAUGGUCGAGGAGCUCGCAGGACCUUACGCCCAGAUCACAGCCUAAGGACGACGAUCCUAGAAGCUCGGGUGAGACUACGCGCGUCCUGUGGGAUGAGAAUGAGGCCGUCCAGGCGAAGGAGAAGAAGCUGCCCGCUAUUAGGAAAAGUCUGCCGCCGCCGCCGUUGCCGGCUAAGGAUUCUAGGGUGGAGGUGGAUCUGCCGGCGACGGAAGAGGAGCCGCUACCCGUACCUACACAGCAGGAACAGAAGGAGGUGAAGGAGGUGAAGGAGGAUGUGGUGACGCCGGUUGAGAAGUCGGUUGAACUCGAACACAAGCCGGUUGAGGAACCAAAGCUUGUUGAGGAAGAGCUAAAGCCGGUUGAGGAACCAAAGCCGGUUGAAGAAGUAUCAGAGCCCGUCCAAGAGCAGCCAAUCAGGAGAUCGAUUAUUGAGCCGGCCCAAGCUCGCGCCGUUACCCCUGUGGCUAUGCAGGAGCCUCAAGUCCAGGCUCAAAAAACGCCCGAAAUGAAGCCCGCCCAGCCCGAGGAAAAGGUGGUUAUGCAACCACUGUCGCCCGGUGUGACCGUCAGAAGGCCGAUGAAGGUUGAUCGGAAACCGCUGUCGCCCGAGAAGCCGGUGUUGAGAUCACCAUCGCUUGAGAAUUUGGUUAGGAGGCCUACGGCUGAGAGGCCCACUCGGACUCCGCUGUCACCCGAGAGGUCGGUCAGGACGCCGCUCUCCCCCGAGAGGCCCGUCAGAAAACCGUUGUCGAUCGACCGCACGCCCCAGGAGAAACCAAUCGAGCACCGUCCGCUUAGGAGACCCACUAGCGGCUUCGCAGCCCGCCAUGCCGCCGCCGCUGAGCCAGAGGUUCCUAGGUCGUCGCCGAAGCCGCAGGUCCCGAUGUCGCUGCCGAAGCCGGAGCCUUCUCCUCCCGCAAUCAAGCCCGAUGACGUACCGAAAGUGGACUCGAUCGUCAAGAGACUUUCCUUGAAGCUGGGAGCAGAGACCGCUGCCGCCGCCGACCCGAAUCCGAGCUCGCCAACGUCCCCAACCAAGCGGACGGCUCCCAGUGCUGCGGCCAUCGCGAAGCAGAACUCUAUUGCUGCGAGAAGGGCGAUGUUUGAGAAGCGGUAGGCAGGUUGUGUGUGUGUGUGAGUGUACUGUGUUGUAUUGUGUAUUGUGUGAAACGGCCGAUAUAUAACUAUCUCAUAAGAGUUACGAUAUGAUGUUACC